CCGGCAGCGUGACUGGACCUUAGAAGAGUGGUUGUAUAGUUUUAUACUUUUUUUUUUUAUUUUUUUGCGAAGAAAUAGUCUCAGUUCGGGUGCAUUUAUGCUAUUUGUAUUCCGUUCUGCUAUUACAAAACGCUUGCGUGUUUGUUGUGUGUUAGCUAAUAGGGUCUUUAGUUAGACAUAUUUGCAUUACAUAUUAAGCUAACGUUACACUGCAGACGUUUGAGAGACACAAGUGCACAAAAGCGUUUACUUGUACAGACGGUUUACCCAGAACGCAGCACAAAUGAGUGGCAUUGUCAAAGAAGAGACCCGCAGCGUUUCUCCUCACUGCCCCAAACCCAACGAAUCUGAGGAACCAGAAGGCACUGCUAUGGAGGAGACCGCUAUUGAAAAAAGCCAGCAUGGAGAGAUUGUCAUUACAAAAGAGAUGGAGGAGGAGGAGAAGCAUUUAGUGGAGGAGGGAGAGAAGAAAGAAAGAGAAAUGAUGGAAGAGGCCAGACAGUCGUGGGAGAAAGAGUCCCAAGAAAUGCGUUUCAGACGACUUCAGCACCUUUUGGAGAAAAGCAACAUUUACUCAAAGUUUCUGCUCACAAAGAUGGAGCAGCAGCAGCAAGAUGUGAGUAUUGUGUUUGAAAGACGGGAAAGAGCUGUCACACUAGGAGGUUUACCAUUCCCGGAUGUAAAUCUUUCUUGA